UCGCUGAUUCAAACAGACUCUGUGGAUCAACAUUUGGAUCUGCUUUUAGAUGAAACCAUGGCCUCCAGAAUAAAUUUCUCUGAAGAACAUGACACACAGAUAAAGACAGUCAAGAGCCUGAUUCAGCGUUUUGAAUCAGAUUUACCUGAACACAUGUCUGUGAGGAAAAACCCAGGGAUGGCUUUUUCAGAUCUGUGCAGAGAGGAAGGCUCUUCUGUUGAGUCCAGUCUGUGUCAGAAUGAAUCUCCUGAACCCAGCUGUGUGUCCAUGAAGAGUGACCGGUCAAUGGGUCGUCCAGUUAAGUUCAGUUUGGGAGACACAUCUGCUGAUCUGAGUCAAAAACAUAAAGGACCGGAAUCAUAUACAGCAAAGAAGAACUUAGACUCCAUUUUUAAGGAGCUUGAGCACAAAAUCAUCUCUGAGUUAAAGAGCUUUAAGAGACUACUGAGUCCAGAUUACCCAGAAUGCUCUGAAAGAGACUGUUAUGAUGAUGAGGGUCAUAACAGAGUCAGAGAGGGGCUUCUGAAGAUCACACUGCUCCUCCUGAGGAAGAUGAACCAGACAGACCUCGCUGACACACUACAGACCAAACUGAUGCCUGAGCAUCAACAAAAACUCAGAUCCAGACUACAGGAUAAAUAUCAGAGACUCAGUGAAGGACUGUCCAGUCAUGGAGACUCAACACGUCUGAAUGAGAUCUACACAGAGCUCUACAUCACAGAGGGAGGCAGUGGAGAGGUCAAUAAUGAACAUGAGGUGAGACAGAUUGAGACAGUGUCCAGGAGACCAGAGACACAGGAGACACCAAUCAACUGCAGUGACAUAUUUAGACCCUCACCUGGACAAGACAAACCCAUCAGAACUGUGCUGACUAAAGGAGUCGCUGGAAUUGGAAAAACAGUCUCUGUCCAGAAGUUCAUUCUGGACUGGACUGAAGGAAAAGCCAAUCAGGACGUUCAUUUCAUAUUUCCACUUCCUUUCAGGGAGCUGAACUUGAUACAGAAACAACUCAGUCUUGUAGAUCUUCUAAACCACCUUCACACAGAAACCAAAGAAUUAAAGUCAGCAGAUUAUGAGGACUACAAAGUCAUGUUCAUAUUUGAUGGUCUGGAUGAGUGUCGACUGCGUCUAGAUUUCCAAAACAGUCGGAGCCUGUCUGAUGUGACAGAAUCAGCUUCAGUGGAUGUGCUGCUGACCAACCUCAUAAAGGGGAACCUACUUCCUUCUGUUCUCCUCUGGAUCACCUCUCGACCAGCAGCAGCCAAUCAGAUCCCUCCUGAGUGUGUCCACCAGGUCACAGAGGUAAGAGGAUUCAACAACCCUCAGAAGGAGGAAUAUUUCAGGAAGAGAAUAAAUGAUCCGAGUCUGGCUGAUAGAAUUGUCACACACAUCCGAUCAUCAAGAAGUCUGUUCAUCAUGUGUCACAUCCCAGUCUUCUGCUGGAUUUCAGCCGCUGUUCUGGAGAGGAUGAUGGGUAAAGCAGAGAGUGCAGAGAUCCCCAAGACUCUCACACAGAUGUUCACACACUUCCUGAUCUUUCAGACCAAACUGAAGUCACAGAAGUAUGAUGGGAAAUAUGAAAUCAAUCCUGAUCAGGCUAGAAAGACUAUUCUGUCUCUAGGAAAACUGGCUUAUGAACAGCUGGAAAAAGGGAACCUGAUCUUCUACGAGGAGGACCUGAAAGAGAGCGGCAUUGAUGUCAGAGAAGUGUCCGUGUACUCAGGAGUUUGUACCCAGAUCUUCAGAGAGGAGUCUGGACUGCAGCUGGGGAAGGUGUUCAGCUUUGUUCAUCUGAGUAUUCAGGAGUUUCUUGCUGCUUUAUUCAAGCUGCUGUCCUUUUCUGAACAAAACACAGGACCGAAGAAUGUGUUCAGGUCACCAGUCAGCAGUUUACUGAAGAGAGAAGUGGACAAGGCCUUACAGAGUGAGAACGGACACUGGGAUCUCUUCCUCCGGUUCCUUCUAGGUCUCUCACUAGAGUCUAAUCAGCCUCUCUUACAAGGCCUCCUGAGAAAGACAGUAAGCAGCUCUGAUAUCAAUCAGGAAACAGCUGAAUACAUCAAACAGAAGAUCAGGAAGAAUUGCUCUCCAGAGAAAUCCAUCAAUCUGUUCCACUGUCUGAAUGAACUGAAUGAUCGUUCACUAGAGCAGGAAAUACAAACAUACCUGAGUGGAACAGGUUACAAUCGUCUCUUUGGAGUUUCUCUGUCUGCUGCUCAGUGGUCGGCUCUGGUGUUUGUGCUGUUGAACUCAGAAGAAGACCUGGAUGAGUUUAAUCUGACUAAAUAUGUUCAAUCAGAAGAAUGUCUUCUGAGGCUGCUGCCAGUGAUCAAAGCAUCUAGAAAGAUUGAUCUCUCCUGCUGUCAUAUUACACAGAAAGGCUGUGCUGCUCUGAUUUCAACUCUGAGAUCAAACCCCUCAUACCUGACAGAACUGAAUCUGAGUGAUAAUACACCAGGAGACUCAGGAGUGAAGCUGCUUUCUGCUCUACUGGAGGAUCCACACUGUAAACUGAAGAAACUACAGCUUUAUAACUGCAGUAUUGGAGAGGAAGGAUGUGCUGCUCUGAUUUCAGCUCUGAGAUCAAACCCCUCACACCUCACAGAACUGAAUCUGAGCUUUAAUACACCAGGAGACUCAGGAGUGAACCUGCUCUCUGCUCUACUGGAGGAUCCACACUGUAAACUGAAGAAACUAUGGCUGAGGAGCUGCAGUAUUGGAGAGGAAGGCUGUGCUGCUCUGAUUUCAGCUCUGAGAUCAAACGCCUCACACCUGACAGGACUGGAUCUGAGAAGUAAUAAACCAGGACACUCAGGGGUAAUGCUGCGCUCUGCUCUUCUGAAGGAUCCACACUGUAAACUGAAGAAACUACUUAUUUGACAGUGGAAACUCCACAAGCUCCAAACAACUGAAUCAAAACAACACAUCUUGAACAAGACUGUCACCAGAACAUUAACCCUCUGGGGCCGAAGCCCGCACUGGUGCUGUCUGUCACAGAAUUUUCUUGAUGACCGCUAACAGAACUAAAAAUUCUUUGAACAUUUUUUUAUUGUACAGAUAAGAAUAAGGUUUUGUUUUAAACUACACAUGGUCUACUUUUUUCGCAUUAAGUCAUAAUAAUAAUACAAUAAUAAUAAUAAAAACUAAAUAAUGAACAAAUCUAAAUCUCUAUGAAUACUCGCCUCAAAAAACGUUAAUAUAUGUAAAGAAAGCUUGAAAUGUUUACUUUUAAAUUAAUUUAGUCAUGUCAAAAAUAAAUAUUCUUUAUUAAAGUAAUCCGUAUGAAACCAACGCGAUGUCCAGUUUUUCCCAUCUCAACUCAUUAUCUCUAAUGAGUUCAUACCCACGAGCAGCUUGCACUUUUCAAAACUACCAAAUGUUUUUAAAAAAUACAAGAUUUUAACUCUUUAAUUGCCAAGUUCAUAUAUGAUGUCACUGAUUUGGGUGGAAAAACACAAAAUUACUUAUUUUCAAUAUAAAAGUAAUUGUGGAUGGAUUUUUUUUUACUUUUUAUAACAGUUUUGGGCAUGUCAAAGAUUAGUAGCAAAAUUGGCUUUGAUGCAUUUUUAGUUUUUCUUAAGCAUUAGAUUUAAAAAUGUGUCUCCCUAAUUUGUUGUUGGUGGCGGGUUUUGCCCCAUUGACUUCCAUUAUAACAAAAUUUUUUGAUUGCAAAGCCAUUACACCAUAUAAUCAUGCAUUCUUAAUUGUUGUGGUUUUCCCUUUUGGGAAGAGUCAGAAUUUUU